UAUAGUAAGUAUCAUGUAGUAUAUAUUACUAUUUAGUAGUUGCUUAACAUGUCAUAUACAUAUACUAUUAUCUAACCACCUCAAAAACAAAUAUUAAGAUCUUCCCUUCAAAAGAAACAAAUAUUAAGGUUUUAAUAACAGAUUAAGAAACCCUAGCUAGCUUUACUACUUUUUAGCAAAAGUUAAGGUAAUUAAGGAAUAAUAAUUAACUUAAGCAUGGGAAGAGGGAAGAUUGAAAUUCAAAGGAUUGAUAAUCUGUCUAGCAGGCAAGUUACCUUUACCAAAAGACGAAAGGGUUUGAUCAAGAAAGCUCAAGAGUUAUCAAUCUUGUGCGAUGUUCAUGUUGGACUUAUUGUCAUCUCAAGCACUGGCAGGAUCUAUGAGCUUUCCACUCAAGAUAACAUGAAGUCUAUGUUGGAGCAAUACAAUGCUGCAAAGGAGGAAUCUCAGUUGAUGAAUGCUACUUCAGAAGCCAUGAUGUGGAAGUUGGAAGUACAAAACUUACGUGGCCAACUAGAGGAUCUGAAAUACAGAAAGAAGCAAUUGCUUGGAGAAGAGCUCUCAGAUUUAAGCAUUGAACAUUUGGAAAAUCUGGAGAAUCAAGUGCAAACUGGCAUUAAAUCCCUUCGUGCAAGAAAGGAGCAGCUCUGGAAUGAGAAGAUAACUGAGCUUAACCAUAAGGAGAUUAUGGUACAUCAAGAGAACAUGACAUUGCAUAGGGAGCUCGUUUGUCUGCGCCAACAAGUUAUAGAAUUACGAAGCAAGGUUUAUGGAGGGAGGAAGGAGGAAGCAAAAUCAAAGUAUGAUAUCUCCAACAGUCCAGUCUCAAUGGAGCUUGAGCUCAGCCUCUCCCGGCAAGAAGUAACCUGAUAUACAGCCAUACAGGGAAGAAUUUAUACAAAUGAAAAAGAAGUGCUGAGCUAAUAGUUGAAGACCUUAUAAACAUAUACUCCUGUAGAAAAAAGAAAUUAACCCUUUUUCCUUUCUUGUAUCUCAAUGAUUAAGAGAAGAUUUUCUAAGCAAAUACUUCCUCCGUUUCUAAAUAAGUGCAACAUUUACAUAGUGUUUACUAUUCACAAUUUAAACUUUAAUUAGCUUUGGUGAUUUACAUUUUAGGGAAAACAUAGUCAU